GAAACCCAUGCUUACUCUCUGAUUCCAAACAUGUGUACGUCUUUAUAAUUUCAUCGUUUUCUUAAGAAACUUGUUACUCUGAAAAAUAUACGAAAAAUCAUGCUUUCAGAAAGUGAAAUCACAGCUGAUGACUUGGAUGAAACCAUGCAACUUUUGAAUAGUGUUCCUGAAGUUGCCUCAACUGUCUUAGAAACAAUUCAGAAUGUUAUAAAACAAGUUAAAAAAGACGAAUUUCAGGGAAAGGGCUUAAGUUUUUUGGAUAUGAAAAAUCAAAUGAUGUUAAGUUAUGUCACUAAUCUAACCUAUAUCAUAUUAAAGAAAAUAAGUGGUCAAAAAAUUGAAGGUGAACCAGCUAUAGAACGAUUAGUGGAACUAAGAACUACAUUAGAAAAAAUUAGGCCAAUUGAUGAAAAAUUGAAGUACCAAAUUAAUAAAUUAGUCUCUACAGCAUCUUCAGGAACUGUUGAUGCCAAUGAUCCGUUACGGUUUCGAGCCAAUCCAGAUAACCUUGCUGUUCCUGAUGAAGAGGAAGAUACAGCUGAUGAGCCAAGGGAAAGUAAAAUCUAUGUACCGCCGAAAAUAUCUGCUGCCUAUUAUGAUGAAGAUGAAAGCCUCACAGACCGCAAAAAAAGAAUUCUAGAGCGAGCACAGAGAAAGGCCUUGAGUAGUACAAUGCUGCAGGAGUUGCGAAAAGAGUAUGACACUGGUCCUGAAGAGAUAAGGGAAACUGUUGAUCCUUAUAAGUUGAAACUCACUCAAGAAAUGAAAGAAAGAGAAAGGUAUGAAGAAGAAUACAUGUUACGUCUUCCAAUGACAAAACGACAAAGGCAUGAAGCUCGUCAGUUAACAACAGUAACAAAUUUUAGCACAAAAUUUGAGGAUAUCUCUGCGUUAGAAAUGAAUUUGAAUGAUGUGUCUAUGAAAAGGAGAAGCAGUGGUCCUAAAGGAAAAUUUUCGAAAAACAAGAAGAAAAAAGGUUUCAAGCGAAAAAAGCAUUAAAUUGUUUUUGUUUUAUUUGUACCUAAAUUGAAAAAUAAACUUGUUUAACUACA